CUCAGGCAGAACUAACAGAGCGCAGAUUGCUGCUUUGUUCUCAGACAGAGCUGGAGGAUAGCGGGAAAUGGAGCGCUGGUUUCUGAGAGGCUUUCUGUUGCUGCUUCAGGUUUACGGCUUCUGUUCGGCUGAAAACAGGUGGAAGGAAAUACAAGAAAAGGUCUCAGAAGCUGUUAAAGGAUACAAAACAUGUAACCCUGUUAACUGCAGCUGCCAUCUUGGUGUCCUCCAUCAUGACCUGAAGCCUUUUGAAAGGGGAAUCUCUCAGGAUGUCAUGGCAACCACGGUUCAGAAAGGUGUGGGCACCCACUACCAGGUCAUCGGACACAAGCUGUACCGAGAGCACAACUGCAUGUUCCCUGCAAGGUGCAGUGGAGUGGAGCAUUUCAUCCUGGAGGUUGUGGACAGGUUGCCUGACUUGGAGAUGGUGGUGAAUGUGAGAGAUUACCCUCAGGUGCCCAACUGGGUGCAACCGAUUCUGCCCGUCUUCUCGUUCAGUAAGACGCCAGACUAUCUGGACAUCAUGUAUCCGGCGUGGACGUUUUGGGAAGGCGGGCCCGCCGUGUGGCCCAUAUACCCCACCGGACUGGGCAGAUGGGAUCUGAUGAGAGAUGAUCUGAAAAAGUCUGCAGCUCAGUGGCCUUGGGAGAAGAAAGAGACCAGAGGAUUCUUCAGAGGCUCCAGAACCAGCGCUGAGCGCGACCCACUAAUCCUUCUGUCCAGAGAAGCUCCAGAUCUGGUGGAUGCUGAGUACACCAAGAACCAGGCCUGGAGGUCCGAAAAGGACACACUCGGCAGACCUCCAGCUAAAGAAAUCCCUCUGGUAGAUCACUGUAAAUACAAAUAUUUAUUUAACUUCCGGGGUGUGGCGGCGAGUUUUCGCCUCAAACAUCUCUUCCUCUGCGGCUCGUUGGUGUUUCAUGUGGGCGACGACUGGCAGGAGUUUUUCUACCCUCAGCUCAAACCCUGGGUCCACUUCGUCCCGGUCAAACAGGACUUAUCUGACGUUAGAGAGCUGCUUCAGUUUGUCAAAGAAAACGAUUCUGUCGCACAAGAUAUCGCCUCCAGAGGUCAGGAGUUCAUCCUGAACCACCUUCAAAUGCGAGAAAUCACGUGUUACUGGGAGAAACUCCUGACCGAGUUCAGCCAGCUGCUCACCUACAAACCCAAACGGAGGAGCAACUACAAACAGAUUGUCCAGAAAUCCAUCAAAACGGAGCUUUAAACUCUGAUACGAAGGAGAAUCAACAAUUAUGAUUGUAUUUUCUGUGGUACGAAUUUUUAUUGAAUUGUUUAUUUGUAUUGAUUCUCAUUUUUGUGGGACAAAAUCACAGUUUCAAAACUUGGUCCAGAUCUUUCAUGUAUUUUAUAGACAGUUCCCUAAACGGCCAGUAGAGGGCUUGCACAUCUACAGUAUAUUUGAGAUAAUUUUCUGUUUUCUAUUUCUAAAUUUUUAAAUCAAGUUUAUUUGUGCAGCCUAUUUCUGCAACAACAGCUCAAAAAUAAAAAAAUAAAAAUGAAAACACAGUUUAGAGACGAAAAAAGCAACUGUAAACAGGAAGUACUUGAUCUCAACGAGGUUUCUCAAGCAAUUAUCAGCAUAAUGCUGCCACCACCAGGAUUCACAUUGUCGUGAUCUUCAGUGUCUGUCUUGUAAUCAAAAAUGUGAAAAUGUGGAAAAAUGAAAGAUUUCAAGCAAACUGUUGAUGAUUUUUUAAAAUGAAUCUAACUGCUAUUUUUGGCAGGUUUUUAGAACUUGAAGAAUAGUGUUUCCUUUUUCACAAAGUGUCAAAAGAUACCAAUAGUUUCCAUAUUGGCAUUUUUUAUAACAUUUUAGGUUUUUUUUUAAAUAAUAAACAGUAUCAGGGUUGGUGUUUACCAGGAUUUUACUGAAUAUGUUGUAGUAUUCGUACUGUCCUGUCAGCUAAACACACGUUAGGUUAAUUAGUUUGUGAAUUUGUUUUACAUUAUGGCUAAUUUGUGAUCAGAAAUC